AGGACCAAAGGAGUUUCACUCUGAGAUCUUUAAUGGUCAUCAUCACACACGCUUUACUGGCCCUACGGUUGGCUCAUUUAAAAAAAAAAAACAGCAUUAUUAUUAUUAUAGACGGUGACCAUCCGGAUCUGUAGGCUAUUGGUCUUUUUUUCUUCUUUAAUUGUGUUCUCCUCAGCAGCCCAUGCAAGGCUGUAGCAACACCUCCAGGUUCUAAGAAUCAGACAAUCAUCACUGACUGGCUGCUGUGCUCAUGUUGGGAGACAAGGCUCACGGUGUCACGCUGAAGGUUAUGGAAUACACAUAUGAUGAUGACUUGGAAGAGCUGUGUCCUGUGUGUGGAGACAAAGUGUCCGGAUACCACUACGGUCUGCUCACCUGCGAGAGCUGCAAGGGCUUCUUCAAGAGGACAGUGCAGAACAACAAGAGGUACACAUGUGCGGAAAACCAGGAGUGUAAAAUAGACAAAACCCAGAGGAAGAGAUGUCCUUUCUGUCGCUUCCAAAAGUGCCUCAACGUCGGGAUGCGGCUAGAAGCGGUGCGCGCAGACCGCAUGCGUGGGGGGAGGAAUAAAUUUGGCCCCAUGUACAAGAGAGACAGGGCCUUGAAGCAGCAGAAGAAGGCUUUGAUACGAUCCAACGGGUUCAAGCUGGAGAGCGCGGCUCCUCCGCCGGCCUCUCCUCUGCAGGCCGACUACGGCUUCACCGGCACCCUGCACAGCCUACCCACCAUCUCCAAAAGUCUGCUCCCAUCCACCCCGAGCUCCAUCACCCCCACAGACUACGAGGCCAACCUCUAUGGACCCCCGUCCCUGGGCAUGGCCAUGCAGUCCCACGUGCCCCUCGCCGCUCAGUACCAGUACACGGCCUUCCCCGGCAGGGCGAUCAAAGCCGAGUGUCCCGACUACACCAGCUCCCCCGAGUCUCUGACAGGAUACCCCUACCCAGACAUGUACCCCUCGGCCUCGCCACAGCCGCCCAGCCUGCCGCCGCUGGUGCUGGAGCUGCUGCGCUGCGAUCCGGACGAGCUGGUGGUGCAGAACAAGAUCGUGGCUCACCUGCAGCAGGAGCAGAACGGCCGGGGCCGGCUGGACAAGCCCAGCACCUUCAGCCUCAUGUGUCGCAUGGCAGACCAGACUCUCUUCUCCAUAGUGGAGUGGGCCAGGAGCUGUAUCUUCUUCAAGGAGCUCAGGGUGGGAGAUCAAAUGAAGCUGCUCCAUAACUGCUGGUCUGAACUUCUGGUCCUGGAUCACAUUUUCAGACAAGUGCAACAUGGACAGGAAGAGAGUAUCCUGCUGGUGACCGGCCAGGAGGUCGAGCUGUCGUUCAUCUUGUCCCAAGCUGAGGCGACUCUGUCCAGUCUGAUCCAGAGAGGACAGGAGCUGGCAGCGAGGCUGCGGGCGCUGCAGCUGGACCGCAGAGAGAUCGCCUGUCUGAAAUUCCUCCUCCUGUUCAACCCCAAUGUGAAGCUACUGGAGGACCAGGCAUUCGUGGAGGGCGUCCAGGAGCAGGUGAACGGGGCUCUGCUGGAGUACACCCUGUCCACCUACCCUCAGUUCCAGGAGAAGUUCAGCCAGCUGGUCGUGCGGCUGCCGGAGCUGCGCUCCCUCAGCACGCAGGCUGAGGACUACCUGUGCUACAUGCAUCUGAGCGGAGAGGUGCCCUGCAACAACCUGCUCAUCGAGAUGCUGCACGCCAAGCGGGCGUGCGUGUGAGGGGACGCACGCAGGAUGCUCCACUGUCAUGUGUUGUUUCUCUAGGUGAGACUGUGUGUGUGGGAGGGAAAGUGUGAGUGAGAUGAAAAAAAACUGAAAAAUGGAGAUAGACAGGUUCAUUUUGGGUCAUCUUGUGAGGGCUUUUGUUUGAGUUGGAGAGGAGAAAAUGUUCUUUAGAGUUUGGAAUUAUAAAGCUCCAUCUGUACUCAAGGUAAAACUACCUGUUACAUUUUGAAUGUUUUCAUAUCCUGCAGAGCUACAUUAAUGUGACCUUUACAAACUGGAUUUUAUACCCUGUUUUCAAAAAAUCUAAAAUUAGAUCUGCCUGUAGAGUUACAUAAUAUCCUCUUUGACCAAAUAUGACAUGAAUUCAACAUCGCAGACACGAUUUUCUACGUCCCACAGAGCUGCCCAGCAAACAUUUAGACUCAGAGGAAGAGGCUCCAGCCUGCAUCAGUGCUGAGCAGCCAUGAAAACAUGGUGACUGUUGAGACAUCGGUCCAUAGCUGCAACCUGCAUCAUUUUGAAACAUCCUAAAUAUUGUUCUGAUAUCACUGUAACACUGUUUCCAAUAUAACUUUAGGAAUUCUGUUGUGACAUCUGGUGCUGGGUGGGCUGAUGUUGAACUGUCACAUCACAAAAUGGGACUAUUUGAAUGGAAACACGUGUUGAAUGCUUGCUGGGUGAGCUGAUGCGCACUUUCUUUCCCCCCCAACAGAUUUUUUAGCUUCUUUUCAGAAAUUCAAUUUUAAUGUUAAAUGAGUCAUUUUUGAUCCAACUGUCAGAUGCGACUUUAUGAUUCCAAGUUCACCAACACUGUCCCUAGAUUAUUAUUAUUAUUAUUAUUAUUAUUAUUAUUAUUAAUAAUAUUAUUAUUAUUAUUAUUAUUAUUUUAGAGGCUUCCGGAUAACUCAACACACUGUGGUCUCGUCGGACUAGACUAGCGCUGCUCAUAUCUCUACACUUUUUCUUUUUGCCACCAAUGUUUUAAAAAAAAAAUAUGAAAGCUCUAUGGGGUUCAAUAUAGUUUUGUUUUAAUCUAUUUAGAUGUUAAUAUAUUGAUAUAUAGAAUCCAGACAUGUUAAGAAAAACACAUUCUUAUUAUCAGUUAUUCAUCAAACCCGUACCAAGGAAGAGUAAAGGAACGAUAGAGAAAGACAAAAUAAAUAGAUGUGACGCUUUAGGGAUGAACAAAUAAACAGAAGCCAGAGCAGUGAUGAGCAGAAAGAGGAGGGGGGAAAAAGACACAUCAACGUGCAAAUGGUAAGAGAGAGAUGAAUGGAAAAGACAGCCUUUUUCUUUAUUUAAGUAAAGAUGUGAAUAACAAAAGGAAGCAUCUGUCAGUGUUUGCCCUUCAGUUUCCACCGAGGAGACACACACAGAGACGACACAGGGAGGGAAAAGAUGCAUCUGGUGACAUUUUGAUUUCAAGUUCCUGUGUAAAAAUUUGAUUUGUUUAUGGGUCAAUGCCUCAAGAAACAAUGGAUCCUCAAAAAAGAAAUUGAAGGUGUCAUGUUCACACUCACAUUUGUGUCCCUUUUCAACACACUGUACUGUAUGUGGAGUAGAGAUGGACGGAUCUGAGUGUGUGCGGAUACUCCAUUUGUUUUGCACUGGAGCUGCUGUAGAGAUGGUUUUUAUUACCCAUAAUGAAAAUGAUUACAUUGUCCAAACUUAUAUGUUCUGUAAAUAAUGUUAAUGCUUAUUUUUUUUUUCUUAUUGUCAACAAAUUCCAUGAAAAGACCAAAACCAACAAUGUAUUAGUCCGUCUCUCAAUGCUUUCUGACUUCCCGCCUCUGUCUGUGACUCUCAGUCUCAAGCCACAUUUGUUGGGGACUAUUUACUAUUUUAACAGCAGAUUUUUACACAUUCGGUGCUCUAGUGAGUAUUUACACCAGCAGGAUGGCAAUUUCCACCCUAGUCCCCCCAAAUAUAUAUAAAAUGGAAAUUUGUCCCCCCACCCUCCAAUAGUUGAAAUGACUAUCAUCAAAUGCCACCAAGACCUAAAAGAAAACUAUUUUUCUCUCCUCAAUAUUCCGUGUAAAACAAACUCCAAAACACACUGGAUGCUCACUGAACACGUCCUGCUUCAUGUUGGUGUUCCUGUCAACCAGCAAGAGUGAACACAACAGCUGUACACAACACACAGUCCGUUUAAAUCACAGGUGCAUAUGUCAAAUAUAAACCAUUGUGUUAUGAGGACAUCAUGUGACAGGAGGAUGAUCUGAGUUUCACUGGUCUUUAGUAAACUGAUUUUCCACUUAACUGUAUCACUGUGAACCGACCAGGUUACCACUGUGUUGGUGGCGCACGGUCUUGAUCGCUCUGCCCUGUAUGUGUUCUGUGUUUAACUGAACAUCUGUCAUGUUUGAUCAUUUUUACACAAUGAGCUCAUACACAGACUGUGUGUCAGGAUUUUGGUUAAAUAUUGAAAAAGUAAACAUCCCAUCUCAUGCACCAAAGCCAUGUUGACUUUCUCAAUAUUCAACCAAGACUGUGAUGUUUCCCCUAAUCUUAACCUAGAGUUCUGAGCAGAACCAUAAAUAUAUGAAUCAUGUUUUAGUUGCCACAAGUAAACAAAUGAAAUACGUUGUCAGAGAAUGUUAACCGAUAUUAUGAACAUCGCAAAUACAUUUAUUUAAAAAAUGUAAUUAUGUUGAUAAAAGACAUAAUUCAGGCGGCAUCACAUUUCUUUUCAAAUGUAUUUUGCUGUUGUGAAUUAGUAGUGCUGAAACAUCAUUUUUUUUCGUGUUAAUAUUAUUUUUUUAAUGAUAAAGUUUUUUUUUAGCUCUAAACAAUCAGAAGAGAGUGACAUGUCCGCCCUGCCGGCAUCAUUUUUUUCAACACAGAAAUGUGUUAAGUUUCUGUAAGUCGACUUAUAACAACAACGUGUACAGUUGCCUCAAUCUCAUCCACACCUGUCGCCACUUUUGUGGACGUUUUUCUGACACUAGUUUUCAUGGAUGUAGCUCGGUAGCUAGCUAGAUACGUAGGAAGAUGAUCUCUAAACUUGAAGGACCAGUGUGUAACAAUUAAAGGGAUCUAUUGGCAGAAAUGGAAUAAAAUAUCAAUACGAAAAUAAGAAUCGUUGUGUUUUCGUUACCUUAGAAUGAGCCGUUUAUAUCUACAUCAAUGGAGUCCACCAUGUUUCAACAGUAGCCCAGAACGGACAAACCGAACACUGAUAACUUUUUCCCUGCAACGUUACUCGCUGCCGUCGCCGCCGCUCUCUCUCUCUUGCUUCACCACUCACUUUCCACGUACACACAAACUCUGAGCACUCAUUCGCGUUUUUGCGUUGGCCACCGUAGCAAUUCUGCACGCUUAGCACACGGGAGAAGUUGUAAUCUGCAACCUGUUCCUUUAAACCUGCCUAAAGAGCUCUACUAGCCGUCAAUGGGCACAACACCUGACCUUUUGUAUCAUUUUGAAAAAACGAGAGUCGUGUGUUGUGAUUCAGAGUUGUGGAACCAGUCUAGGAGAGACAUUUCAUGAUUUCUUUAUUAUUUGUACCAAAGUAUGUCUCCUAUAAAUAAUUAAAUAAAUAAUCAAGUUAGUGUUAAAUAUAGAAUUUUGUUCUCAGGUUGAUGAGUGUAACCAUCAUGGGUCACUAAAAGCUCUCCACUGAUAAGAAUAUCUGACAUAUUCUUGCAUAUUGUAUACAUUUUAAACAAAAUAUCUUAUCAGACGACCUGUGGAGAACACUGCAGGCCUUAAACCUAAACUCUGUACUGUAUAUUUGUAGCAGUCAGUGAUUUAUCUGUGGCACUUACUAUGUUGGAAAGUAACACUAAUGUCCUUUUUUUUUUUUUUUCAAAACUGGACUCCCAGAUGUAUGAAAAGUGACACACCCUUUUUAAAAGCACAUGACUUUCACAGAGAAAAACAAAGACACAGCCAAAGCAGUGUUUAUAAUAUUGUCCAACUCUCUUUGUCCAACUUUCUCACUGUGGAAAUUGAAAAUCAUUCCUUGUUCGUCCAUUUCAAGGUGUCGUAGACAAUCACUCCACCUGCCUUAACUUAAUGUCUGCCUGAAAACAUACACACACACACAGACUUUGGUUUUCCAGUUGAGAUAGCUGUGUGUUAUCACUCUGUACAGUAUAUUUAUGUUGUGAAGUGAAUAUCUACUGCAAGAUGAAGAUACAUUUCAACCGAAAAAGUUCUCCGCUUUAUGUUGGGUCAAAUCGCUACUGUUGUGGAACUGAUUCUCUUGAUAUUGCCUUUGUUUUUGCUCUUUGUUCACUUUUUAUUUUCCUGUGAGUUGAUAGUCCCAUCUUAAACUGAAGUGUUUUUGUUUUUUUUUCUCCCAAAAAAGAAAGUGACCAAAACAUUUUUUUCUUUAAAUAUAUUUUAUUGUAAUAGCAUCAAACCAAUAAAUUUCAGUGAAGUAAAGCUC